AUGCCCUUCAUCUUUGUAUCCUUGGCUAUCGUCCUUCCUGCAUUAAUCUUCUUGACCACAAAACGAGUUCCAUGCAGAGUUAUUCACCUAGAAUCCCGAUGGGAAAGCCUGGUUUGGACGUUGCGGCUCAUGAAGUCGAACAUCGUAUUUCCAGAAACUCUCGAUGACUGGAAUUUGAAGAAUCUCGAAGAUACAGACGCAGAUUUUGUGUAUAUACAUAGUUGCUGGAUGUUCGUGCUCCCGUUCUUCGUUUCGCGAGGAUACGCGAUGUAUCAACAGGAUCCUGUCGGCCUUGGAAAUCUGAACCCUCCUCCCUUUCCACCGGCAGCAAAAGUGACAUCGUACCCUUAUGCUCGUCAACUCCCAACUAAGGCUCCCAUCCCGAGGACUGUGUGGGCACCACGUAUAUGGGCAGCUCGCGAUGCACUUGGAAGGGAUGUUAUAAUCAAGGUGAUAUCUGAAGUCGACAACCCGUCAAAUGAGCUGAAGGUCAUGCAACUGCUUAACAGCAAAAGGCUGCGAUCCGACCCCGCCAACCAUACCAUCUACGCCAUCGAAUACAUUACUUUCGACAAAUUUGUAUUUGUGGUGAUGCCCAGAUGGAAUAAUGCUAUCUCUCCUGAAUUUGCUAAUGUUUCUGAGCUUAUGCAUUUCACCAAGACAAUCCUUGAGACUUUCGAUUUUUUGCACCGUAACAAGAUUGUGCAUCUGGACUGUCUUUCACAAAACAUGGGUAUGAACGCUGUUAUGAAUACUGGGGAAAUAGAUCGUAGGACAGGACUUCGAGAUCCAAAGGAAGUUCGCUAUGCCCUAUUUGACUUUGACGCUGCUGUCAUUUUUCCUGAGGACACUGUCAUUGAAGAGGCGCGUAUGGACCACGUUCUCAGCUUCGAUUUGCAUUACAUACCGAAGGAAUCAAUUACUUACCCAUACAACCCAUUUCGAGUGGACGUUGCAUUCAUGGGCACAUGUCUUCAAACAUAUGUCAGGCACCUCGAAAGUAAAAUUCCAGAGCUUGGGCCAUUCUUCGACUCCUUGAUUGACGUCAAUGACCCCAAUCAGCUUUCAGCAAGCCAGGCACUAUCUCGUUUUACAGAGAUAUCCAAUAACCUUAACCCCGAGGUGGCUAGUGCAGCCUUCGAUGGUUUUAUUUGGCGCCGAGGCGGCGUUGUCUCCAAGAGAACAGACGAUGUUUUAACAAUUAAUGACUAG